CCGCCGGGGCUCAGCCCAGCGGCGGGCCCCGCGCCCCCGCAGCCGCCCCGCGGCGCCCCCCGGCCCGACCCCCGGGCCGCGCACCCCGAGCUGCCUCCGGGAGGGGGGGGGGAAAGGGCCCGGAUCCUCCUUCUCCCCCUCCUCCUCCCCCUCCUCUCACCCCUUACCCUGACCCCCUCCCCGCCUCCCCGGCCCCCCCUCACCCCGACCCUCUCCCCGGCCCCCGCCUCCCCUCCCCCUCCUCGCCCCACCGGCUUCCCACCACGGCCUCUCUCGGCGAGGAAACUCUGGCCUCCGCUUCCUCCUCCUCCGACUCGGACACCGGCGGAGCCUCCCCGCCCCCGCGGAAGAAACCCCGAGCCUCGGCGGCGGAGGGAGCAGGAGAGCCCGGGGCCUCGGCAGGCAGAGCAGGCCUCUCCCCUCCGUCCUCGUCGUCCUCGUCCUCGUCGUCGUCGUCCUCCUCCUCCUCCUCCUCCGUGGUGGUAGUGGUGGGACUCCCCCCGGCUGCUGCCCCUUCCGCCGCCGCUGCCGUCGCCCACCGGAGUAGCGGCCACAGCCUGGUCAGCGGCAGCAUCAUGCAGGCCAACGGGGCAGGAGGAGGAGGAGGAGGCGGCGGCGGCGGCGGCGGAGGAGGGGGCGGCGGGGGCCAGGGACAGACCCAGGAACUCGCCUGCCUGUCGGCCCAGAACGGGGAAUCGUCCCCCUCGUCGUCGUCGUCCGCGGGGGACCUGGCCCACGCCAAUGGGCUCCUGCCUUCCGCCCCCUCCGCCGCCAGCAACAAUAGCAACAGCCUGAAUGUCAAUAACGGGGUCCCCGGCGGGGCCGCCGCCGCAGCCUCCGCCACCGUCGCAGCUGCCGCUGCCACCACCGCCGCCUCCUCUUCGCUGGCCACCCCAGAACUGGGCAGCAGCCUCAAGAAGAAGAAGCGGCUCUCCCAGUCAGAUGAGGAUGUCAUUAGGCUAAUAGGACAGCACUUGAAUGGCUUAGGGCUCAACCAGACUGUUGAUCUUCUCAUGCAAGAGUCAGGAUGUCGUUUAGAACAUCCUUCUGCUACCAAAUUCCGAAAUCAUGUCAUGGAAGGAGACUGGGAUAAGGCAGAAAAUGACCUGAAUGAACUAAAGCCUUUAGUGCAUUCUCCUCAUGCUAUUGUGGUAAGAGGCGCACUUGAAAUCUCUCAAACGUUGUUGGGAAUAAUUGUGAGGAUGAAGUUUUUGCUGCUGCAGCAGAAGUACCUGGAAUACCUGGAGGAUGGCAAGGUCCUGGAGGCACUUCAGGUUCUACGCUGUGAAUUGACACCGCUGAAAUACAAUACAGAGCGCAUUCAUGUUCUUAGUGGGUAUCUGAUGUGUAGCCAUGCAGAAGACCUACGUGCAAAAGCAGAAUGGGAAGGCAAAGGAACAGCUUCCCGAUCCAAACUGUUGGACAAACUUCAGACCUAUUUACCACCAUCAGUGAUGCUUCCCCCACGGCGUUUACAGACUCUCCUGCGGCAGGCGGUGGAACUACAAAGGGAUCGGUGCCUAUAUCACAAUACCAAACUUGAUAAUAAUCUAGAUUCUGUGUCUCUGCUUAUAGAUCAUGUUUGUAGUAGGAGGCAGUUCCCGUGUUAUACUCAGCAGAUACUUACGGAGCAUUGUAAUGAAGUCUGGUUCUGUAAAUUCUCUAAUGAUGGCACUAAACUAGCAACAGGAUCAAAAGAUACGACAGUUAUCAUAUGGCAAGUUGAUCCGGAUACACACCUGCUAAAACUGCUCAAAACAUUAGAAGGACAUGCUUAUGGUGUUUCUUACAUUGCAUGGAGUCCUGAUGACAACUAUCUUGUUGCUUGUGGCCCAGAUGACUGCUCUGAGCUUUGGCUUUGGAAUGUACAAACGGGAGAGCUGAGGACAAAAAUGAGCCAGUCUCAUGAAGAUAGUUUAACAAGUGUGGCUUGGAAUCCAGAUGGGAAACGCUUUGUGACCGGAGGUCAGCGUGGGCAGUUCUAUCAGUGUGAUUUAGAUGGUAAUCUGCUUGACUCCUGGGAAGGGGUGCGAGUGCAAUGUCUUUGGUGCUUGAGUGAUGGGAAGACUGUUCUGGCAUCAGAUACACACCAGCGAAUUCGGGGAUAUAACUUCGAGGACCUUACAGAUAGGAACAUAGUACAAGAAGAUCAUCCCAUUAUGUCUUUUACUAUUUCAAAGAAUGGCCGAUUAGCUUUGUUAAAUGUAGCAACUCAGGGAGUUCAUUUAUGGGACUUGCAAGACAGAGUUUUAGUAAGAAAGUAUCAAGGUGUUACGCAAGGGUUUUAUACAAUUCAUUCAUGUUUUGGAGGCCAUAAUGAAGACUUCAUCGCUAGUGGCAGUGAAGAUCACAAGGUUUACAUCUGGCAUAAACGUAGUGAACUGCCAAUUGCGGAGCUGACAGGGCACACACGUACAGUAAACUGUGUGAGCUGGAACCCACAGAUUCCAUCCAUGAUGGCCAGCGCCUCAGAUGAUGGCACUGUUAGAAUAUGGGGACCAGCACCUUUUAUAGACCACCAGAAUAUUGAAGAGGAAUGCAGUAGCAUGGAUAGUUGAUGGCGAAUGUGGAGCAGACGACUUCUGUUUAACUUAAAAUUAGUCGUAUUUUAAUGGCUUGGGAUUUGGUGCAAACAAACAUGAUUGAUAGCUGGACAGACAUGCUCGUCAUGAAAAAAGAACCAUUUCUGAAGCCCGAUUGGGGCCAAACAUUUACACCUUGCUUCAUAGUAACCAGUUGAGAUGAAGCACGUCGUUAGAACGUUGUUGGACACCAUGUCGAAUUAUCCCCCAUCGGUUGUGAAGAACUGUGCUACAUUCAGGCUUACCCAUUGAACUCAGUAUAUAUAUUUUUUUCCCUCCUGCCUUUUGUCUGGUGGGAUACCAUUCUUGUUGCUCUUCUGUGUAAUGAAGUUUAAAUGCUUGUUUGGAAAACUUUAUUUAACAGUUUAGAAGGCUUGAUAGAAAGAGUGCAUUAGUCUGAAGAGUAUACAUUGGAUAGGAAAGAACUUCCUUCUUUUGUUUCUCCAAAUCUUUCCGCCUUAUUUAGCUUGAGAUCUUUGCAGCUUGGUUCAUGGAUUCUAGCCUUGCCCGUUGCGCAGUAUAUACUGAUCCAGAUGAUAAACCAGUGAACUAUGUCAAAAGCACUCUCAAUAUUACAUUUGACAAAAAGUUUUGUACUUUUCACAUAGCUUGUUGCCCCGUAAAAGGGUUAACAGCACAAUUUUUUAAAAAUAAAUUAAGAAGUAUUUAUAGGA